AUGCACUUUUCCGAUGAAGAUGAACCAAGCACAUCAGCUUUACCAACACCAUCGCCCGUUAAAAAGAAUAAACCAGGAAAGUCCAAAAUGCCUAGAGAACGACGUGCGAACAUCGGCCGCCGCACAAGACAUGCAAGCCAGCAACAAGUCUAUUCAAGGAACUUAAGAGAAGAAAGACAAAAUAUAAUAAGAGAAAAUGACCGAUUGAGACAUCGCGUGAGCACACGAAGAUCAUUGGCAUCAUACAAUCGCUUGGCAUUCCAAUAUGAUCCCACUGCGAACUACAGUGAUGAUGAAAAUUUGGAUAUUGGACGAAUGACGACUAUAUGCCGAUAUUGCAAUGCGGUAAAGUUCAAAAGAGAAACGGUUGGAUUGUGCUGCGCAAGUGGAAAAGUCAAACUGGAUCCAUUACUUACACCACCACAGCCACUGACUGAAAACAUGUUUGAUGGAAGUGAUCCCGAUUCCAGCCAUUUUCUUCAACACAUCCUUGAAUACAAUAACUGCUUUCGCAUGACUUCCUUUGGAGCUAAUAUCAUUCGAGAAGGCGGCUUCAUGCCGACUUGCAAGAUACAAGGUCAAAUAUAUCAUUUGCAUGGUUCAAUGGUGCCAACACCAGAUGAACCGCAUCAAUUUCUGCAAAUAUAUUUCAUUUCGUCGAUGGUGGAUCAGCUGAACGUGCGGUGCAAUAUACAGGGAGCACAACAGUUAAAGAGACGAAUUAUUGAACAGUUGCAAGCAUUUUUUCACGCUAAUAAUGCUGUGGUUAAUAUGUUCAAAACAGCAUUGGAACGAAUGCCAUCGGAUACGCACAAAUUUGUCAUAAGAGCGGAUUGUACUCCAACAGGUGAACAUGUGCGAAGAUUCAAUGCACCCACCGUUAAUGAUGUUGCUGCAAUUAUUGUUGGCGAUCCAACUAAAUCACGAGACAUUGUCGUUCAGCGAAGAAGCAAUAUCAUGCAUCGUGUAAACGAGACACAUCGUUUGUACGAUGCGUUACAAUAUCCAAUCAUUUAUUGGCAAGGGCAAGACGGAUACGACAUCACGUUGAAGAUGGUCGAUCCAAUUACAGGAGUAUCAACGAAUAAUAAAAAUCUAAGCGCAAUGAAUUACUAUGCGUAUCGUAUGAUGAUUCGUACACAUGAGGAGAAUGUCAUUCUGAAGUGCGGUCGGCUAUUCCAGCAAUUCGCUGUCGACAUGUAUGUCAAAGUCGAGACCGAACGUUUAGCGUUCAUCAGAUUCAAUCAGCCAAAGCUACGAUCUGAGGACUAUAUACACUUGCGUGAUGCUAUUCAUUCAGAUGGUGAUGUUCAGAAUAUUGGACGACUGACGAUUCUCCCAUCAACUUAUAUCGGAAGCCCACGCCACAUGCACGAAUACGCUCAAGACGCUAUGACGUACGUGCGAAAUUAUGGAACUCCGGAUUUAUUUAUUACGGUCACAUGCAAUCCGAAGUGGACGGAAAUUGAACGCGAGUUGGAACCGGGUCAAAAACCGCAAGAUCGCCAUGACAUAAUCGCCAGAGUAUUUCAGCAAAAACUCAAGGUUAUGAUGGAUGUGCUUACUAAGUAUCGAGUUUUUGGUGACACACGUUGUUAUAUGUACUCGGUGGAAUGGCAGAAGCGUGGACUACCGCAUGCUCAUAUCCUAAUUUGGUUGCUGAACAAAUUACAUUCAAAUGAAGUGGAUGACAUCAUCAUAUCAGCUGAAAUUCCUGAUCCAGUCACUGAUCCCCGUCUACACGACAUUGUGACGACACAGAUGGUGCAUGGACCGUGCGGUGCAUUAAAUCCAUUAUCGCCUUGCAUGGCUGAUGGAAAGUGCACAAAACGAUAUCCGCGACCGUUAGUUGCUGAAACAGUCACAGGGAACGAUGGAUAUCCAGUUUAUCGUCGGCGUUCAAAAGAAGAUAACGGUCGAACUAUCAAAGUUAAAGUUCAAAAUCAAGAGAUUGAGAUCGGAAAUGAAUUCAUUGUACCAUAUUGCCCGCUGCUAUCACGAAUUUUCGAAACACAUGCAAACGUUGAGAGUUGUCAUUCGGCCAAAUCAAUCAAAUAUUUGUGCAAGUACGUCACAAAAGGCAGCGACAUGGCUGUGUUUGGUAUUGCGUCGGAAAAUGUGAAUGACGAAAUCAGCAACUUCCAAAUGGGCAGAUACGUCAGUACUAAUGAAGCACUGUGGCGAUUAUUGUCAUUUCAAAUUCAUGAAAGAUAUCCCACAGUUGUACAUUUAGCAGUGCAUUUGGAAAAUGGCCAAAGAGUUUACUUCACUGAGGCUAAUGCGGCACACGAGCUGAGAGAGAGACCACCAUCGACAACAUUGACUAGCUUCUUUGCAAUGUGUGAAGCAGAUCCAUUCGCAGCGACGCUGAUGUACGUUGAAAUGCCCAAGUAUUACACUUGGAAUCAAUCAACAAAGAAAUUCCAACGUCGCAAACAAGGAACCCCAGUUCCAGACUGGCCACAGGUGUUUUCAACUGAUGCACUAGGUCGUAUGUACACUGUUCAUCCUAGAAACGAUGAAUGUUUUUAUUUGCGACUGCUGUUAGUAAAUGUACGUGGACCGAAAUCAUUUGCGCAUUUGAAAACUGUGAAUGGCCACCAAUGCCAAACAUAUCGAGAAGCAUGUCAACUAUUGGGUUUGCUGGAGAACGAUUCUCAUUGGGAUUUAACACUUGCAGAUUCAGUUGUUUCAUCAAAUGCGUACCAAAUACGAACGCUGUUCGCAAUUAUCAUCACCACAUGUUUUCCUUCACAACCAAUUCAGUUAUGGAACAAAUACAAAGACGCCAUAUGUGAAGAUAUCUUGCAUCGCUUGCGUAUUCAAACGAAUAAUCCUGACAUCCAAAUAACCGAUGAAAUCUACAAUGAAGGAUUGAUUCUGAUUGAGGAUCAAUGCUUGACUAUUGCAAACAAGCUACUGAUUGAAGUAGGAAUGAUUGCGCCAAAUCGAUCGAUGCACGAUGCAUUCAACCAAGAAUUAAAUCGAGAGCUGCAAUACAAUGUUGAUACAUUGCAGGAAUUCGUUAGAAAUAAUGUUCCGUUGCUGAAUGAACAGCAAAAACAAGUAUACAAAACAUUAAUGCAAGCGGUGGACAAUAAUACUGGUGGUCUAUUCUUCCUGGAUGCACCUGGAGGAACAGGGAAAACAUUUGUCAUUUCAUUGAUUUUGGCCACUAUUCGAUCAAGAUGUGACAUAGCUUUGGCGUUAGCAUCAUCUGGAAUUGCGGCGACUCUUCUAGAUGGCGGUCGUACUGCACAUUCUGCGCUUAAGUUGCCACUCAAUUUAAACACAAUUGAUACUCCAACGUGCAAUAUUUCCCGAUCCAGUGCAAUGGGAAAAUUGUUAAUGCAAUGCAAGCUCAUUGUUUGGGAUGAGUGCACAAUGGCACAUAAGAAAUCACUUGAAGCACUUAACUUCACACUGAAGGAUCUUCGGAGAAAUAACAACAUCUUUGGCGGCUUGAUGAUAUUGUUGGCAGGCGAUUUCAGGCAGACGUUGCCAGUAGUUCCCCGUGGAACGCCUGCAGAUGAAUUGAAUGCUUGCCUAAAGGCAUCACCUUUAUGGAAUAACGUAAAAACAUUAUCGCUAACCACUAAUAUGAGAGUUCAACUUCAAAAUGAUCAAAGUGCUGCACAAUUUUCCAAACAAUUGUUAGAUCUUGGAAAUGGAAAAGUCCCAGUUGAUGCGACAUCUGGAUUAAUUACUCUUACCAACGACUUUUGCCGAUUUGUAGACACUCAAUUAGUUCUUAUUGAAAAUGUUUUCCCAAACAUUAGUGAGAAUUAUAAGAAUUAUGCUUGGUUAAGUCAACGAGCAAUUCUUGCAGCAAAGAAUAAUGAUGUCCACGCACUGAAUUUCACCAUUCAAUCAAAAAUUGCUGGCGAUUUGGUGACAUACAAAUCCGUUGAUUCAAUAACAAAUCCCGAUGAUGUAGUAAAUUAUCCAGGAUUAUACCAGGAUUUCCACCACAUAACUUGCAACUGA